AUGUCCAUAUCUAUGCUUCAGGUCUCGAAGAUAUUUCUAUUAGCUUUCAUUCUCUGCGAGGUUCUGUUGGCAUCAGCCCCAGGGCUUCCUUCGGGGGUACACCGAGCAAGGUCCAACAUAAGGGCGACGCGUCACAACCUGAGAGUGAGGGGUCCUCGUCGAAGGCCAAGACCAACGGUAUGUCCCCCAGUCGAGGAUUAUGGUGAUGAUAAUGAUGGUGAUACUGGAUAUGCCAACGGAUCUGAAACAGAGGAGAAAAGAGACUUAUCUGAACCGCCUGACGAGGACUCCUGGAACGAAGACUCGUAUGCGGACAGCCCUGAUGAAGAUCCAAGCCUUGAAGACUCUUCGGUGAAUGCGACCUCGGCAAAUGACACUCUUACGCCAUCUAGUUUUGGUAAUAGUUCUAGUAUUGGUAACAUUUCCACUAUUGGCAACGUUUCUGGUAUCGGCAAUAUUUCCAGUAUCGGUAACAUUUCACAGCCUAUUAAUGGCUCGCAAUUCAACACGUCUCUUAUUGGAACUGGGGGCGUACUUAACAAUGCGUCAAGUAUUGGUGCGAAUCAAACCCAAGGGCUCAACUCUACAGAUCUAAAAACGUUUGCUAGUGGCUUAGUCGCAGAACUCCCAGAGAAUGGGAUGAAAAAGAGUGAACUUUUCCUGGGAUUUUUACCAGAUGAUGGCUCUUCAGGCGGGACCAGGCAGACCAUCGCCCAAUUAAAUUCAGCUAUCGGUAGCAAGGCGGCUGUGUACGGGUGGUACGCCCAGGCACAUUCCGGAGUGCCUUUCGAUGGCUCGCAGUUGCUGUCGGUGAUUGACGACGUCAAAGCUUGUAAUUGUGUUUUUCAACCGGCAGUAAUGCCGAUUGGUGGAUGGAAAGGCCUCACAAGCGGGGACAACAGUCAAGCCAUCGCCAUUGCUAAGGUAAUGAAAAACUUUACCGAUGAAGGUAUCCCAGUUUGGCUACGCUUCGCUCACGAAGUGAACUACUAUCAAAAUGAUGGCACCUAUCAGGGAACUGCGUCCGAUUUCAAAGCGGGUUGGGCCGCUGUAGCGGAUGCAGUCAAAAAAAUCGCACCCAGUGUCAAGAUGUGGUGGACCCCCAACGUUUCUUCGCCAGAGGAUUAUGCCAAAUAUGAGCCGGAUGACAUGAGUACUGUUGACCUAGUGGGAAUAGAUUUUUACCCAAAGAAACUAAGCGGGACCGAUUUCCUUGAUGCCAUGAAGGGAUUUCAUGACAAGUAUGCAGUCGAUGGCCGCAAGUUUGCAAUCGGUGAAACAGGUCUUGGAUGGAGUGGCAACCUGGAUGACAAAGUCAAAUGGUUCAACGAAAUCUGCGAGGCCAAGGCCUCUCUUCCCGAAUUCGUUUCCAUGGCAUGGUUCAACUUCGACAAAGAAUAUGAUUACAAAAUUGCAGGGGAACCCACGUUGGAUCAGAAAUUCACUUCUCUUAUCGCUACUUGA